GCGGCGUCACGUCGAGUAGGGCGGCGCGCAGGCAGAGGCAGGUGGUGGCUGUGAGCGCAGCGGGUCCCGCUCCUUCCCCGCCGGCCCCCACGGUGACAGUCAUGCUUUACUUCCAGCUCGUGAUCAUGGCCGGGACCGUCAUGCUCGCCUACUACUUCGAGUACACGGACACGUUCGACGUGCACGUGCAGGGCUUCUUCUGCUAUGACAGCUCGUACGCGAAGCCCUACCUGGGACCCGAGGAGUCGAGCGCGGUCCCGCCGGCCGUGCUGUACGCGGUGGUCACGGGUGUCCCUGCGCUCGUGAUAACAGCUACAGAAUCUGUGCUGUUUCUACUCCAGUACAUUUCUGAAGACUUGGACAAUCGUGAGAAGAUCAUAGUGAUGGGAGACUGCUGUUACCUCAACCCUCUGGUACGCAGGACCUUCCGCUUCUUGGGUGUCUAUGCGUUUGGCCUCUUUGCCACGGACAUCUUUGUCAACGCAGGCCAAGUGGUGACAGGCAACCUGGCGCCCCACUUCCUCACCGUGUGCAAACCCAACUACACAGCCCUGGGCUGCCAGCAGGGGGCACUUUUCAUCAGCCAGCAGGGAGCGUGCACAGGCAACGAGGAAGAUGUGCUGCGCGCACGCAAGUCCUUCCCCUCCAAGGAGGCGGCACUCAGCCUGUAUGCAGCACUCUACAUUGCGAUGUACAUCACUUGCUCGGUGAAAGCCGAAGGGACGCGGCUGGCAAAGCCCGUGCUCUCACUGGGCCUGAUGUGCUUAGCUUUCUUGACUGGUAUCAACAGAGUGGUGGAGUACCGCAACCACUGGUCUGACGUUAUCGCCGGCUUCGCCAUCGGAGGAGCUAUAGCCAUGUUCAUGGUGGUUGGUGUUGUGCAGAACUUCAAAGGGAAGCCCUUGCUGAGUGAAAUUCCUCCUGAGGAAAGCAUAACCAGCGCACCAGUCAGCCAACCGAGACCGGACAACCCUUUAGAAAAGUACAUAGCUUCACAGGAUCCAAUCAUCUUUGCUGAGGUGACAUGAUGUUGAAGCAGCGAUUAUUCUGACCGGUGGGGUGCCGUGCCAGUCACUGUUGUCUGCUGUAGUUGGAGUCAGAUGCAGUUUCCACAGUAUCUAUAUUGAUCACAGCUCCUUCAGCCGCAUCAUUGUAAAAUUGCCUCAGUCCAGAUGGAAUUAUGUUAUGCAUAACUGAGGCGAAUGGUACUUAUAUUCCCAUUUUCCCCCAAUCAUGACUUGAAAUUCACCAUAUUUUUAUAUCGCACGUAU